AUGAGAGUCGCAGUCAUUGGCGGUGGUCCUUCCGGCCUAGUUACACUGAAGUAUCUAUGCGAGGCGCAGCACUUUCUCGGCUGCGAGCGCGUUGAAGCGGUACUAUUCGAAGACCAGACGCACAUAGGGGGUACCUUUUUCGCCCGAGCCUACGAAGACGCCGAGCUAGUUUCCUCCAAGCAGCUCACUUCCUUCUCCGACUUCCGCUGCAACAUUGGGAAGGAUUUCCUCGCCGCGCCCGAAUACGUGGAGUACUUACACAGGUACUGCGACAGAUUUGACCUCUGGCCGCGCAUCAAACUGAACGCAAAAGUUGUCUCGGUGAGGCGCGGAGGCUACCGCGGGCAUGUCAUCACUUACCAACGAGAUGGGCGCUUGCUAGAGUGGAGGUGCGAUGCGGUCGCCGUAUGCUCUGGGUUACAUGUCGAGCCGAAUAUUCCAGACAUCAGAGGUGUAGAACACAUACCACGCGUAAUGCAUUCCUCACAGUUCAAAGCACGCAAGCAGUUCAAUGGCUGCAAGACCGUGAUGGUGGUAGGCUGCGGCGAAACUGGAGCGGACGUGGCUUAUCUGGCCGCAACGCACCCGGACGUUGACCGAGUUAUUCUGUGCCAUAGGGACGGUUUCCAUUUUGCGCCAAAGCGCAAUGCCGGACCUGUUUUGCUGCCCAUCCUUGGCCGCAAACCAGAUCCGGCGGAGCCCGGCAUCCCGAUUGAUGUGAGCCGAGCGAACCUUUUCGACACAGCAUACGUCCACCAAAUCCUGCGCCACAACGACAAGCUACUAUGGACCUAUUAUCAUCUUUAUAUCAAGAGCCUGCUAUGGUUGAGCUCGGGGACAACCGCUGGGAUGGACCAAUGGGUAGGCGAGAUCAGUCCAGAGCGCCACCAUCCCUCCAAAAUUUUUUUUAACAAGUCCAUGAAGGUCUGCCCGUAUAUCAGUCUGCCUUACAGACCGCAGGUCCCCGGACCUCGUUUGUGGCUAUAUGCUCUUCGGUCAGCACUGGUACAGAUUCCCGUGAUGGAUACAGAGGGACGAUGUGUUGAUUUGGCGCCAUGGCCACGUCGAUUUCUGCCAUCGGGACUCACAGAGUUUGUGGACAAUGGGCGACCGGAAUACCAAAGGCUGCGAAACCGUCAGAUACGUCCUGACGUGGUGGUUCUCUGUACGGGUUACCAACAAAGUUUCCCUUUUUUUGACAGCCAAAGCAAUCCACCCUACCAAACGCCCGAUAGAGCUGAUGUGCGACGUAUCUGGGCGCGAACUGAGCCAUCUAUCAGCUUCAUUGGCUUCGUGCGACCCUCGUUAGGGGCCAUACCGCCUCUAGCAGAGAUGCAGGCCCAGCUCUGGAUCACUCACUUACUUGCCAGACACAAGGUUCCUCGGUCACUUCGCUUAGACGACGAGCCGCACUACCGAUUGCGCAGUGUAUCAGGAGCACGUGUUCUGUAUGGUGUCGACUACGAAAGCUACGUGUAUCAGCUGGCCCUCGACAUGGACGCUGCACCUGGUCUCAUAGACAUUGUCUGCCUGGGCUCCUUGAAGCUGUUUCUUAUCUGGGCACUUGGUGCGAACUUCAAUACCAAAUUUCGUCUCCGGGGCCCGUGGAAGUGGAAAGGCGCGCACCACUUGCUGGUUUCGGACGAGUUCUGGGACACGAUCAAGAGACGUCCAAUCAUCUUCGGACACUUCGCGGUCUCUAUACUCCCUAUGCUGAUUUUUGGGCCUAUUAGCUUUGCCUGCUUUCUGGCGAAUGGUUUUUCGGUAUUGCUCCGACUAGCGCCAGAUACUUUGCUAUCUGGCGACCAGGAGCCGAAGUCUAAGCGCCCAGCGACGCUAUAG